UGCUUCUGUCAGUGUGUGAGGAUUCACUGAUCCGGACUGAGCGGAGGACUCGGGGGACUCGGAGGACUAACUGAGUCCAGGUUCACUGAAUCAGUGCUGCAGCCUGUGGAGCCUCUUCAUCCUCUGCACCAUCAUCAUCAUCACCACCAGCAGCAGCUGCGGCGUGUGAAGCUGCAGACACAGCAGGUCUGUCUGAGUGGAGGGAUGGCGCUCUCCUUCCUUCUCCUCUUCCUCUUCACCGUGCUGUUCUCCCUCAGCGUGUCAGCGUAUAAUACAUCAGCUGGUUGUGUGAUCAUCCGUCCUCCCAGAGAUGGAGGGAUCCGGUACAGAGGACUGACACAGGAGCAGAUCCGCAGGGUUCAGGUGCUCCCUGUAGAUUAUGAGAUCGAGUACAUCUGCAGAGGAAACAGGAUGAUCGUCGGGCCAAAGGUCAGGAAGUGUUUGCCCAACGGCACGUGGACCGACCUGAGCUUGCGCAGCAGAUGCUUGUUGUUGUGUCCUCGUGUGGGGACGUCUUUGGAGAACGGUCGGGUGUCUUCAUGGCCCCCGGGACCCCCCGUGGAGGAGACGGUGCUGCACUACAGCUGUCUGCCUGGUUUCAUCCUGAUGGGAAGAAACUCGUCUCAGUGCAACAAGAUGGGGAAGUGGGACACUCCCAAACCUGUGUGUCGCUAUGAUCGACACUACAAAGGUAAGAAGAAGCUCUACAUCGGAGCUCUGUUCCCCAUGAGCGGGGGCUGGCCGGGGGGACAGGCCUGCCUCCCCGCCGCUCAGAUGGCUCUGGACCUGGUGAACAAGAGGACGGACAUCCUGCCGGACUACGAGCUGGAGCUGAUCCACUACGACAGCAUGUGCGACCCGGGCGAGGCCACCAAGCUGCUGUAUGACCUCCUGUACACGGAGCCCAUCAAGAUGGUGUUGAUGCCGGGCUGCAGCUCCGUGUCCACGCUGGUCGCUGAAGCUGCUCGCAUGUGGAACCUCAUAGUGCUGUCGUAUGGCUCCAGCUCUCCGGCUCUGUCAAACCGUCAGCGUUUCCCGACCUUCUUCAGAACUCACCCGUCCGCCACGCUGCACAACCCGACACGAGUCCAACUCUUCCAGAAGUGGAAAUGGACAAAGAUCGCCACCAUUCAGCAGACCACGGAAGUCUUUACCUCGACUCUGGAUGAUCUGGAGGAGCGGGUGAAGGAGGCUGGGAUCGAGAUCAGCGUCCGUCAGAGUUUCCUCACAGACCCCGCUGUGGCUGUUAAAAACCUCAAGCGCCAAGACGCCAGAAUCAUCGUGGGUCUGUUCUACGAGACCGAGGCCCGCAAGGUGUUCUGUGAGGUGUACAAGGAUAAGCUCUACGGGAAGAAGUUUGUGUGGUUUCUGAUUGGCUGGUACGCUGAUAACUGGUUUAAGAUCAAAGACCCGUCCAUUAACUGCACGGUGGAGCAGAUGACGGAGGCGGUGGAGGGUCAUGUUACCACCGAGAUUGUCAUGCUCAACCCCGAGACGGUGCGAGGAGCCUCCAACCUGACCUCUCAGGAGUUUCUGGCCCGGCUGAUGUCUAAACUGGGGGGUAAGAACCCAGAGGAGACGGGGGGUUUCCAGGAGGCCCCUCUGGCCUAUGACGCUGUGUGGGCUCUGGCUCUGGCCCUCAACAAGACGGUGGGACCCUUGAGGGCCAAGGGCCACCGGCUGGAAGAUUUCAACUACAACAACCGAGGAAUCACAGCCGAGAUCUACAGAGCGCUCAACACCAGCUCCUUCGAGGGCGUGUCGGGUCAUGUUGUGUUCGACGCCCAGGGUUCUCGGAUGGCCUGGACUCUGAUCGAACAGCUUCAAGGGGGGAGCUAUAAGAAGAUCGGGUACUACGACAGCACCAAAGGAAACCUGUCCUGGUACGGAAACGACAAGUGGAUCGGCUCCGGCCCUCCUGCAGACCAGACGGUGGUGAUCGAGGAGUUUCGAUAUCUGUCUCAGAAAAUUUUUGUGACGAUGUCGGUGUUCGCUGGCUUUGGGAUCGUGUUAGGAAUCAUCUGCCUCACCUUCAACAUCUACAACAGCAACGUCAGGUACAUUCAGAACUCUCAGCCGUACCUGAACAACAUGACAGCGGUGGGCUGUAUGAUGGCGUUGGCUGCUGUGUUUCCUCUGGGCAUCGACGGCCUGCACGUCCACAGGACUCACUUCCCCGUCGUCUGCCAGUUCCGUCUCUGGCUGCUCGGUCUGGGCUUCAGUCUGGCAUACGGCAGCAUGUUCACAAAGAUCUGGUGGGUCCACACGGUCUUCACCAAGAAGGAGGACAAGAAGGACAAGAGGAAGCAGCACCUGGAGCCGUGGAAGCUUUACGCCACGGUGGGAGUCCUGCUGGGGAUCGACGUCCUGUCUCUGAUGAUCUGGCAGAUCGUGGAUCCUCUGCACAUCACCGUGGAGAAGUUCACCAGAGAGGCCCCUAAAGGAGACCUGGAUGUUCUGAUUCAGCCUCUGCUCGAGCACUGCAGCUCUCAGAAGAUGAACACCUGGCUGGGUGUGGUUUACGGUUACAAAGGUUUGCUGCUGCUGCUCGGCAUCUUCCUCGCCUACGAGACCAAAUCUGUCUCCACCGAGAAGAUCAACGACCACCGAGCCGUGGGCAUGGCCAUCUACAACGUCGCUGUCCUGUGUAUGAUCACGGCUCCGGUCACCAUGAUCCUCUCCUCUCAGCAGGACGCCUCCUUCGCCUUCGCCUCCCUCGCCAUCGUCUUCUCCGUCUACAUCACGCUGGUGGUGCUGUUCGUCCCCAAGAUGAGGCGUCUGAUCACGCGGGGGGAGUGGCAGUCCGACGCUCAGGAGACGAUGAAGACCGGCUCGUCCACCAACAACAACGAUGAAGAAAAGUCGAGACAGCUGGAGCGAGAGAACAAGGAGCUGCAGAAGAUCAUCCAGGAGAAAGAGGAGCGAGUGUCAGAGCUGAGGAACCAGCUGUCGGAGCGUCAGGCCCUGAGGUCCAGGAGAAGAGCGUCCACCGUGUCCAAUCAGAACCACAGCUCUCCGCCCCUCACCGUCCCCUGCAGUGACCCCCGCUCCCUGGCCCCGCCUCCAGGAUACCCCGUCCCCACCCUCGAACCCCACCCUGUCUCCGUGUCCUUCGCCAACUCGUCCAGCCUCUACCAGCCCGACAGCAAGAUCAGCCGGAACAACUGUCACACGAGCCGACUGCAGCUGCUCUACAAGUGAGGAGGACGACGACGACGAGGAGGAGGAGGAAGGAGAAGGAGGAGGCGAGGAGGACACUGCAGACAUGGGCGCAGUAUUCAGGACUAGAUGCAGGUGGAGAGAGUGGAGAACAAACAUGGAGGAUAAAUCGUUCUCUGUCGUAGACUCGUGCACUCGCUCUCUGGAUCAGCAUGAAUCAGUCCAUGCUCUGAGACUAAAAAAAACGUGUACAUAUAUCUCGUUAAAAAGACCGCGAUGUCAUUCAGAAACCUUUUAUACCAUCUGUGAUCAGCAGUGAGUUAACGUGUGCCAUGUAGAGUCUGAGCCCUGUUAGCUACGGAUGCUAACCUGUCCGUUUUUUUUACUCUACCGCUGCUCUCGUCUACGUAGAUUUAACCUUGAAACUAGUUGUGUGAAACCCUUUCUUUCCCUUUGGUGAUAAAAUAAAUCAGAGCAGAUAUA